UGUCCGUGCAGCUUCGACAAGAAGAUCAGGACAUCAUAGGAGGAGGAUUCGCCCCUGCUAUGAACCUCCGGAGAUAUCACCUCCUCUUCCAUCGAAACUCCCACUUGAGCCUCGAAAUUCCUGCGCAGCUUGGCUGAAUAUUGUAUCCGUUCGAGCUGGAGCUUUCGGAUGAUGGCGAUGGAAUGUGGGUCCAUCGCGAUCUCGCUCCGCAGUGACGAUCUUGAAAUGGGUCGGCGUUCAAGAAGCCGGAAACGAUAAACUUUGGCACGAAAAACCCACCAAGUUGGAUGAUAAUCGUGUCGUUCGAGCUGGUGUGCGAGGAAUCCGUUGCAUCGCGGGGAUUCGGAUUUUGGACUGUUUCUUUGGAAUCAGGCAUGCAUGAUUUAGGCAAAGUAGGUGAAAAUGACAGAGGGAAAGGCUGCUCCUCCUGAAAUGAAGUGCCAAAAGUAAAUUUUCUUCAUCAUAAUUUAAGUCUUGGAUGGAGAACUCCUGAAGUAUGAGAUCAUGCAGCUUUUAAGCUUGUGUCCAGCUCUAUGAAUGAGUCUAAGCAUCCUCUUUCCUUCCUAAAUUGGAUGGAGCCGAAAGACCUUCUUGUGUCCUGAUGCUAGUGAAGGAAUGAAGUAGCAUAUUUUACUUUGUGGGGAUUAAUUUAUGGACAAAGGUUUCUGCACUAUCAGUACUUAUUCCAUGUGCCAAAUAUGGUUCGGCGUAGAGAUGCCUGUUGGGAGCAUUGUGUCCUGGUCGAUGCAACGAAACAGAAGGUUAGGUGUAAUUAUUGCGAAAGGGAGUUCAGCGGAGGGGUUUAUAGGAUGAAGUUCCAUUUAGCCCAGAUCAAGAACAAAGACAUUGUGCCUUGUUCAAAAGUUCCAAAUGAUGUGAGGGACCAUAUUCGAAGUAUAUUGAGCACUCCCAAGAAACAGAAAACUCACAAAAAACCUAAGGCUGAUUGGGCUGCUAAUGGUCAACAACAUAGCUCUUCGGGCAGUGAGAACUCCCAUGCAAACCAUUAUUCUAGUGGACAGGGUGGAAGCACUUGUCCCCCUCUGUUUCUUGCACAGACUUCACCUAGUCUACCAGCAGUUGAUGAUGCCCAAAAACAGAAACAGGAUUACGCUGACAAGAAAAUUGCUACAUUCUUUUUCCAUAAUUCUAUCCCUUUUAGUGCUACCAAAUGCAUAUACUAUCAGGAAAUGGUGGAUGCUAUAGCAGAGUGUGGAUUGGGCUAUAAAGCCCCGACCUAUGACAGCCUGAGAUCUGUUCUUUUGGAGAAAGUGAAAGAUGAUAUACAAGAUUGCUAUGGAAAAUUUAAGGAUAACUGGAAGGAUUGUGGAUGUACAGUUUUAUGUGAGAGCCGGUGCAGCACGAAGAGUAAAUCACUUGUAGUAUUUACAGUCACGUGUCCUAAAGGGGCAAUGUUUUUGCGGUCAGUCGAUGUAUUGGGUCAUGAAGAUGAUGCUACAUAUUUGUUUGAGUUGAUAGAAACCAUUGUUUUAGAGGUUGGCUUGGAUAAUGUUGUUCAGGUGAUAACUGACAGCACCACUAGUUAUAUUUAUGCAGGAAGACUCCUCAUGGAUAAGUACCCAUCCCUUUUUUGGUCUCCCUGUGCAUCUUAUUGUGUUAAUAAGAUGUUGGAGGACAUGAGCAAACAAGCCUGGGUGUGCACAGUGCUGGAGGAGGCAAAGAUUAUCGCACAAUACAUAUACAGCAAUACCUUGAGGUUGGGUAUGAUGAGGAAAUUAGAUGACGGGAAGGAGUUGAUCAGGCCAAAUAUAACUCAGUUUGUGACCGGCUUCCUCUCCUUAAGGUCCAUAGUUAUCCAGGAGGACAAUUUGAAACAUAUGUCUUCUCACACGCAGUGGUUCUCAUCUGACUACAGUAGAUGCCCUGAAGCCCAGGCCUUUAAGUCCUUGUUACACUCUGAGAGAUUUUGGAAGUCCGCUCAUGAAGUCAUGAGUGUGUCAGAACCACUAAUUAAAAUCUUGAGGAUGGUUGAUGGGGAUUUGCCUGCGAUGGGUUAUUUGCAUGAGGCAGUGGAGAGGGCAAAGAUCUCAAUCAAAGAUUACUACAAGGGUGUUGAAGAGAGAUAUAUUCCUUUUUGGGAUAUAAUUGACCACAGAUGGAAUAUGCAGCUUCAGUUGUCAAUACACGCUGCAGCUGCAUUUCUGAAUCCAUCAAUCUUUUACAACCAAAACUUCAAAAUCGACCUUAGAAUUAGGAAUGGAUUUCAGGAAGCCAUGAGGAAGGUGGCUUGCAGCGACAUGGAUAAAGUGGAAAUUACAAAAGAACAUCCUGUAUAUAUUAAUGCGCAUGGUGCCCUUGGGACCGAUUUUGCUAUCAUGGGACGAACUUUGAAUGCUCCAGGUGAUUGGUGGGCAGCAUACGGAUAUGAAAUCCCUAUGUUGCAGAAAGUAGCAAUUCGCAUAUUGAGCCAACCUUGUAGUUUGCACUGGUGCAAAUGGAACUGGACCACCUUUGAGAGCCUGCAUACCAAGAAGUGGAACACAGCAGAGUUCGAAAAGUUUGGCAAUUUGGUCUUCCUGCACUGCAACCUUUGGUUGAAAGCCAUACGGGAAAGCUGGGACAGAAGAUGUAAACCUAUAAAUUUCGAUGAGAUAGAUGUUUGCUCUGAUUGGCCUACUGAGUUGGAUCCUUCAGCUCCUUUAUUAAUUGAUACUUGGUUGGACGAUUUGCCGGCGGAAUGUAAAGUUGUCCCAGACUUUGCUGAUAACCAGAGAAUAGGAUAGAAAUAGAGCGACAGAGUUAGCAUGGUUUGUCCCCCUUGUAGAGUAGAAUUUGUCUAAUUUUCACAUGUUUCGUCAAUAGUGCAAAGGGGAUCAGUCAUCAAUCACUGCCACCAUCAGAACCGGGUGAUUUUGCCUAAUCCAAAGGAUUAUAUACUUCAAGAAACAAUGCACAUUAGGACAUUUUUCAA